CUUAGCUCAGUAGCGCUAGAUUUCCUUGCUGCAUUGGGGGAGUUGUUAGGGGGUUUGGCGAUCACAAUAGACAUAGUUUUUCUCAUUCUUUCGAAGAGUAUAGGUGUUUGCUAAAGUACUACACCAAAAUUGUGCACAUGGCUAUGGAUUGUGGUUCAGAACUUAUCUGCUAUUUUUUCGAAGUACGCAGAAUCUUUCCCUUAGCGGCGUUACUAAGUACCCCUCAUUAACCUCCAUGCUGACCUAAGCCGACAAAAAUGGAGGCAGAAGCGAGAAUCGGAUGAAUCACAAAAUCACCGGAAUUUCGGCGUUAUCUUCCACGGAAGGAACGGCCAUUUGAUCACGACGUUUCCAAGACUAUACGAGGAUCUUUGAAGAACAAGAUGGGGACUGAGAUCCAGGUCCGAGCGAUGUACGACUUUGACGGGGUCGCCGACAACGGCGAGCUUUCCAUCCGCGCGAACGAGAUCCUGACAGUGACCAGACAGGACGUCGGAGACGGCUGGUGGGAAGGUCGCAACGUGCAGGGCGAGGUCGGGUUUUUCCCGGAGGCGUACGUAGAAACGCUUCCCAGCGUUCCACAGCCCCCGGCGAUCCCCGCGAGAAAUCAGAACACUUACAGCUCCGGCGGCCAGGCCAGCAGCUGGGACAGCUCUUCGUACAACCAACAGCAAUAUCAGAAGACGGCGUACAGUUCAUCGUACAGCUAUGGGCAGACAGCCACGGAUGGCGGGGGAGGAGAGCAGGGUUACAACUUCUCCAACUCACAGGACGAUGACGGUUGGGACGAGGACUGGGACGACGACACGAGCAGCAACUACAGCGACAGGAGAGCGUCUCAGCAGGACCCGGAUGAACUGGCCGGCGAGGGCGUGUUCGGAUUGUCCGCACCCAACCGGCAGCAGCCAAGGAAACCGUCGUCUCACUCCCAGUCGAGUGCCGGAGACGCGAAAGGCUCGGGGACGAUCCGUAAGAGUCUGAACAGAUUCACGGUGUUUGUGAAGUCAGGAGGAGAAAACUACAUGCUGGGAUCUGCCAAGGCAACUGUAGACCCCAGGGACAGAAUGGAAGUCGUGGAGACUUCAGACGGGAUACAGUGGGGGAAAAGUCCAGAGGUCUUCAGUGUAGAGAUCAAAAACCCCACCAAGGCAAGCAAGCUGAAAGGCAUGAAGAGUUUCAUCGCCUACGAGGUUACGCCUACCCACACUAACAGGAGUGUCACUCGCAGGUACAAGCACUUUGAUUGGCUGUACAAUCGCUUGGUUGAAAAGUUCUCGGUGAUUUCCAUCCCGCCCCUCCCCGACAAGCAGGUGACGGGCCGGUACGAGGAGGAGUUUAUCCAGCACCGCAUGGCCCAGCUGCAGUUGUGGAUGAACCGGAUGACGCGGCACUCCAUCGUGUCGCGGGCAGACGUCUUUCAGCACUUUCUCAGCUGCGGCGACGACAAGAACACGUGGAAGGCGGGGAAACGCCGGGCGGAGAGGGACAACCUCAUCGGCGGGAGCUUCUUCCUGGCCAUCGAGACGCCGUCCACUCCACUGGACAUGCAGGACGUGGAGCAGCAGCUGGACAACUUUGGCAAGUUUAUCAAGAGUAUGGACGACAGUGUGAAAACGGUGUACAACACGGCCCACGACAGCUCCAAGAAGCAUGUCGGGCCGUACAAGCGCGAAUUCCAGAAAGUUGGAGCUGCCUUCAAUGCGCUGAGCACGUCCUUCGAACUCGACAACACGGCGAAAUCGCGACCGUUAACAGAAGCAAUAGCGUUUACAGGAAGGGCGUACGAUGAAAUCGGCCUUCUCUUCUCCGAGCAGCCAAAGAAUGAUUUGCAUCCCUUCAUGGAUGCCUUGCACGAGUACAGGGGUAUAAUACCCACGUUCCCGGACAUACUACAAGUCCACAAAGGAGCCAUGGGGAAGUUCAGAGAAUGCCAGAAGUUGCAGGAGGAGGGGAAAAUGGAGGCGUCGGAGGUGGAGGGAGUGCAGCAGCGGCUGGAGACCAUCUCGUACGCCACCCUCGCCGAAAUGAACCACUUCCACAAGGAGCGCAUCAGCGACAUCAAAGUCAUGAUGCAAAAUUACCUCCAGCAGCAAAUAGCCUUCUACCAACAGGUCACCUCCAAGUUACAAGAGGCACUGAUUCAGUACGACAAUGUCUAACCCAGAUGUACUGUGCACCGUGUGUUGUUUGUACAAUGCUUGGAGAAUGUUGACGCAAGAUAGCAGCCACAAACAUCAUUGCUGAUAAUCUACAGCACUUUGGUUUUUACUCAAAUACAGAAGGAGAUACUAGUAUGUAGCAUGUCCCGAUUUUAAAGCUUACUACAUAAAUAGUACAUGUAAAUAGAUGCAUUGUGUUUUUAUUUGUCCUUUUUUGUGUCCAUCGCAUCGAGAGGAAUUUUGUUGUUUUACGGAGCUGUCAGGUAGUUCACACUAUUAUGAAUAUAUGUAACGUCUGGCAUUUUUGACAUAUCAAGAGAAUUUAUGUUUGUAUGUUAAGCUUAUCAGCCAGUGUUGUGCCAACAAAUGUACAGGUAAGGCUUCCAAUAGAAAUUGUAAUGUUAAAACAUUUAUCUUGCAGAAAAGAUGUUGAUCUAUAUAUCCUCAGUCUGCCUUGAUUGAAAAAUGCCCUAAGCACAGGAAACAAGAAUAAUAGGAGUUUGAUUGAAGAGUUAGAAGCAUAAUUAGAAGUUGGACAGGGUUUGAUAAAAGGUUGCUAGUCAAACUCAACCCAGAAAGGCAUUACUAAUGUAUUUUAUUUUUAUGUUGGUUCAUAAAUACCUGAUACCAGAAAAGUGAUGCCCGUUACUGGGAAAAUCCCUGUUAUGAAAGUCAACUGGUUAAGUUUGGAGCUGUCCUGUUACAAUUUAUCAUGUUGAUAAACUUUACUGCAGGUUGUAAUUUAUGUUUGGUUGAACUUGAGGUACUAGCUUUAAUUUUGGCUUCUUACAGCUAUGAAUCAACAACUUAUAUGUAAUGAUUAAUUAGUUUUUAGAUCAGUGGAGGUGUAUGCAUAACCGCUUACAUGUACAUAAUAUACUAUAGAUAGUAUUAACUAAAAGGAUGUAAGUUUUAUCUGUAAAGGAGUUAACAAUAUGAGGUGAUAGUAGAAGCCUAGAUUUAUCUAAAAUGUAACUGCCUUUGUUUUCUACAUGUACACGUAUUUUCCUCCAGUGAGAUGAUGUAGAACCAGAAGCAUCCCAGAUUUUAUUGCAAGAAGUGUUGUGUCACACUUCUGUGUCCUAAGGAAGAAAAUUGGUUUGCAACAGAGCAAGGAAGCCCUAAAGAAUUAAGUGCAACUCUUACAGUAAUGUGCAGAUAUGUAGGGAAAGUCCUGUAGAUAACUGAAGUGUAUGAAGCGCAAGUGUUCUGAGACUUCUUGACUAUGUUUUUUGCCUGGGUAUUAAACUUAACUGAGAUCUCAUUGCUCACCAGAAAUUCACACAUGCCAAACACAAAACUACCUUUCAACCAAAGAACUUAAAAAAAAACAAUGUGUCUCGUCCACUAAUUGAUGCAGAAUCACUGGUCAGGUCAGUUCUGGUGAUU